AUGCCGACGACAAUCAGCUUGUCCAGGAGAUUGCUGGGGCAAAGUUUGAGCUCUUUGUUUGAUGACUUGCUGGCCUAUACCGCGAAGGAGAAAGCCGGCCUUUUGGGCUGUCUCUUUGCGUCCUACUCGAAUGGACCAAACGAGGUCACUAGGAAAUCAUGUUCUGGCAUCGUGCCGUCCGCAAAACUCUUCCUUGGAAAUUCGGACUGUCAAGCGGGCCUGAUGGCUAGCUCCGGUUCUAACGCGUCUUACCUGUUCUCGCUUGGCACUGUCCCGAAGUGCUGGGAGACCGCUUUAAUACAUCCAUGUCCAUGGACAAUCUAA